AUGCAGUCUGAUAACACUUACCAUUUCAACAUUGCUUAUGCUCAAUAUGCUGAAGAACUCAAGUUACUGUCGGAACAAUUUUCGAACAGAUUUAGCGACUUCAAAAACAUGGAAGAAUGUUUCAAUUUAUUUGCUGCUCCUACAAAAUGUAAUGUACAAAAUGCUCCAAUACACUUACAAAUGGAGUUAAUCGAGUUUCAAGAAAACUCACUCCUAAAAUCCAAAUUUGAAGACGUAGAGUUGUGCGAUUUCUACAAAAAAUACCUAGAAGAAGACAAUUUUCCGCAGCUUAGAAAAUUCGCAAGAAGAUUGAUUUCUGCGUUUGGCAGUACUUAUAAAUGCGAACAGUUAUUUUCAUUAAUGAAAGUUAAUAAAUCAACACAUCGUAUAAGACUGACUAACGAUAAUUUGGAAAAUUCUUUACGUCUUUGUAUCAGUGGAAUUCAUCCAAAUAUCGAUGGAUUAGUUUCCCAAAUUCAAGCUCAAGUGUCUCACUGA